CACUCACACACACCCGGGGAAAAUGGUCGCGGUGCAUACGGCAACUAAUUCGCCUCCAUCGGCGGAGUGGAUCUACUGUCUGGAUAAAAGGCCAUCGGAGCGCUCGGGAGAGGAUGUGGACAUAAUCCUGACCCGACUGCGAGAGGUCAAAGCCUUCCAGAGGUUCCCCCCCUCCCUCUUACUGCAGAUCUGUGCCUGCGCCUUCUACGAGUACCUGGAGAAAGGCAUCACAUUGUUUCGGCAGGGAGACAUAGGCACCAGCUGGUAUGCUGUCCUGUCUGGCUCGCUGGACGUCAAAGUGUCAGAGACGGCCAACCACCAGGAUGCAGUCACUAUCUGCACACUGGGGAUUGGCACGGCGUUCGGGGAGUCCAUCCUGGACAACACGCCGCGUCACGCUACCAUCGUCAGCAGAGAGACCAGCGAGCUGCUGCGCAUCGAGCAGAGAGAGUUCAAGAGCCUCUGGGAGAAAUAUCGUCAGAGCAUGGCUGGACUUCUGGCCCCUCCUUACGGAGCUAUGGAGAGCGGAUCCAACAAUGACAGACUCACAGAUAAAGACAGUUUGAACUCAGACUCCGUCAGCCUCAUGAACAAGACUCACAACAAGGUUCCCUCAGAGAAGCUGCAGAGAGGCGGGAAGGUUCUCCGCAAUGCCAUCCUCUCCAGAGCCCCGCACAUGAUCCGAGACAGAAAAUAUCACCUCAAGACAUACAGACAAUGUUGCGUUGGCACAGAGCUGGUGGACUGGCUGGUGCAGCAGAGCGCCUGUGUUCACACGCGGUCCCAUGCUGUUGGAAUGUGGCAGGCACUUCUGGAGGAAGGGGUUCUCAACCAUGUGGACCAAGAGCUGGGCUUCCAGGACAAGUACCUGUUCUACCGUUUCCUUGAUGAUGAGGAGGAGGACACACCGUUGCCUAGUGAGGAGGAGAAGCGGGAGAGUGAGGAGGAGCUGCCAGAGACCAUCCUCUUCCUGGCUCAGAUCGGUCCGGACGCACUGCUGCGCAUGAUCCUCAGGAAAUCGCCUGGUCAGAGGACAGGAGACGACCUGGAGAUCAUCUAUGAUGAGCUGCUUCACAUCAAGGCCUUAGCUCACCUCUCCAACACUGUGAAGAGGGAACUGGCAAGCGUUCUGAUCUUCGAGUCGCAUGCCAAAGCUGGAACUGUGUUGUUCAACCAAGGAGAGGAGGGCACAUCGUGGUACAUCAUCCAGAAGGGCUCUGUCAAUGUGGUUAUCUAUGGCAAGGGAGUGGUGUGUACACUCCACGAGGGCGAUGACUUUGGGAAAUUGGCUCUAGUGACAGAUUCUCCUCGCGCUGCCUCCAUUGUCCUGAGAGAGGACAACUGCCACUUCCUUCGUGUGGACAAGGAAGACUUCAACAGGAUACUCAGGGAUGUGGAAGCGAAUACAGUGCGCCUGAAAGAGCACGACCAGCCCGUACUGGUGUUAGAAAAGAGUCCCCGCACCUCUACUCUGGGAAGCAUCAAGUACACUGUGAUAUCAGGAACACCAGAGAAGAUUCUUGAACACUUCUUGGAGACCAUGAGGAUGGACACGCAUCACAGUGAACCAGACCCAGCCGUGGAUGACUUUGUCCUCAUGCACUGUGUCUUCAUGCCCAACAGCCAGCUGUGCCCUCUACUCAUGGCACACUAUCAUGCGGCGGCUCCCCCUGGCUCUGAGCAGGAGAGGUUGGAGUAUGCGGUCAACACAAAGAGGAGGGCCCUCACCAUGGCCCUGCGCUGGGCUAACACACAAACAUACCUGUUGCAGGAGGAGCCUGCUGCACUCUCUUUCCUGGAGGAGUUAUAUGGAAGUGUAUCCAAUGAUUCCCGGAUGCUGAGAGCUCUGAAGGAUUUUGUUCCUGACUUGGAGAAAAUUGUCAAACUGCAUUCAGAAGAGGCAAAAUCUACAAAAAAGAAGACCCUCAUAAGACAAUUCAGCAAUGGAGAGGAGAGACUGCAGAAGAAACAGCCCAUUAGGAACCAAGAUGACAUCCUCUUAAAGGUAUACUGCAGUGACCACACCUACACCACCAUACGGGUUGCCGUGGCAGCGACAGGCAGAGAGGUCAUUGGUGCUGUGACUGACAAACUGGGCACAAAUGAUGAGCUGCUAUUGGUCCACCUCAGCUCUGCUGGCGAAAAACAGAUCCUGAAGCCUAAUGAUGUGUCAGUUUUUUCCACUCUGGGAAACAAUGGACGUCUGUUUGCCUGUCCGCGAGACCAGCUCAAUGCCCUGACCCCUCUUCCAGACCAGGAGGGCCCCUCCGCAGGCUCCAUGUCCAGUUUUGAGCUGAUGAGCUCUAAGGACCUGGCCUAUCAGAUGACACUGUUUGACUGGGAGCUCUUCAGCUGUGUACAUGAGCAUGAGCUGCUGUACCACACGUUUGGCCGUCAGAACUUCAGGAGGACCACGGCGAACCUGGACCUGUUCCUGAGGAGGUUCAACCAGGUGCAGCUGUGGGUGGUCACCGAGGUCUGCCUCUGCGGUCAGCUCAGCAAGAGAGUCCAGCUGCUCAAGAAGUUCAUCAAGAUAGCUGCACACUGUCGCGAGUUUAAGAACCUGAAUUCGUUCUUUGCCAUCAUCAUGGGGAUGAGCAACCCCGCUGUCAGCAGGCUGAGCCAGACGUGGGAGAAACUCCCCAGCAAGUUUAAGAAGUUCUAUGCUGAGUUUGAGAGCAUGAUGGACCCAUCCAGGAACCACCGGGCCUACCGAUUAACUGUUACCAAAAUUGAGCCACCAAUUAUUCCUUUUAUGCCUCUCCUUCUGAAAGAUAUGACAUUUACCCAUGAGGGCAACAAGACAUUCAUUGACAAUAUGGUCAACUUUGAGAAAAUGCGUAUUAUAGCUAACACAAUUCGGCAAGUGAGGCAUUGCAGAAGUCAGCCAUUCAAUCCUGACAUCUGCCAACCCAAUAAAAAUCACGCAGAGGUUCGGGGUUAUGUUAGGAAGCUCUGUGUGAUUGACAACCAGAGGACGCUGACACAGCUCUCCUAUAGGCUCGAGCCUCGGCGGACUUGAAUUCUGAUCUCGCUCCCACCAACAUCGCCUUCUCUGUGACAUUAGCAUUGAUAAAACCACUUUACCUGGAUAAAACAACUCAACACAGAUGGACGUACAGUAGCAAAUCACAACAGUCAGUAACCUAGUACUAUUACGGACUCUUAAGGACUCAUACUGUGCCAUUAAAAGCGUCUUCUUCCUGGAAAGAAAGUAAACGCUCAGCUGCUUUCUUGUUGCUGUGUCUCAGGCCCCAGACUGUGGGCUUAUACAGUAGUUGUUAUUGUUUGGGACCUGCUAGAUAGAACUGUAAUGUAUAGAACUUGACUCAGUAUCCUGCAUGAAUUUCAUAGGCUUUGUGUUCUAUACAGUGGAUUUCUAUCUGAGUGCCCUGUCAUGUUGUGCUCUCCCCAGAUGAGCCCUAGUUUACAAGAGAUUCCUGUAUCUGCCUGUAAAGUACACCUUAUUCUCAUUACUCUCUUCCUCAUAGACACACAAAAAAGCCAAGACAAAAUUUAGGGCUCUGUAGCAGAAUCUAGCCUCUUCAUUAUCUGUUGUUGAAUUUACAGAUGAAUAUAUACAAUAUGGACAAAAGUAUUGGGCCACCUACACAUUACACCUACAGGA